AUGGUGGUAACUUUGGAAGUGGCUCAAGGACCCUCGGUGUGGGGCCUCGGUGGCAUCGGUGAUGUCCCCCACUCCUCCGAUGCUACUCAUGACCUGACCGGCGGGGAGGGCGAGGGGGAACCUGGGCUCUCUCCGAACUAUGAUCACGAACACAAGGAAUUUCCAAAAAACCAACCAAUAAAAAUCUCUUUCCGUUAUCCAUUGACUCAACACAACACCCUCACUUGGGACACCACAUUGAUUAAGAACAACUUGUACAUCGAAAUACCCAACGGAUGCUUACCAGACGCUUCGAAAGAGGCGUUUGUAGCUCUGUUGGAGUAUGCAGAAGAGGUGUUGCGGUGCCAUCAUGCUGUCGUUUGCUUCAAAAAAGAUCGAAUGGACAGAGCCAUACUCAUACGAACAUUCAUGUUCUUGGGGUUCUAUCUCGUCCCACCAGGCAACGAAUUAGCGUUGGGACCUGCAGCACCUGAUUACGUCUUUCUGGUGUACAAGAUUGACUAAAUAAAAGGGGUUUCUGGACGCGGAAAGUGAACAAAAAACAAAUCAUCUUCAUUAUUAAAUACAUACUACAGUCUAUUCUAAAAAAAUUAUUACUACACAGACACAUUAUUAUUCGUUUUCUUCUUCAUUUAGAACCGACAUAACUUGGUUUUCGGAAUGUUGAAUCAUUUAUGAUAUAUUAUUAUGUACAAUACUAGUGAGACGACUAAUAACCACACUGCUGCUUCUUUAUCCAUAUGUAUAUGAACUGUAACUAUUAAAGAAUUUUCUCCUCAUUAUUGUCACAAACUUAAAACUCA